AUGGAGGACAAGCAUGAGCUUCAUCCUCUUCUCUCGUUGCUAUCUGCAUCGUUCUGGGUGAUUUGUGAGACUCUGGCUCAUCUCUUUGGGUGCGAAGCUGAUCCAACCGGCAGUCUGGCUAUUGACUUGGGUCAAGGCAUCGAUAGGAUUUCUAGUCUCAACUUCUAUACUCUGGCGUUUAUGUUCUGCGUUGCGGUCGUAUCGCUCUCAUUCUUGAUUCGAUCACGAUACCUGAGUACAUACAAGGAAUUGCGAGAACUGCCGCUUGGCAAACCGA